CGUUCACUUGUGCGUCCUGACGAUCGAUUGCUUUGGGCUGCCGCUCUCGCGUCACCAGGAAGCAGCGGUAGCCCUUUCUGUUUGUAGCUCGCGCCUUCGCUUUAACGUUAACCGUGGCCGGUAGAUGCGCACUUGCACGGGGAUGAGCGACGCACGCAACGGAGAGGCGUCUGCGGCCAUUACGGUGCACAAUUUCUCGGAGAGGAUUUUGGAGCAGGUGAUACACUUCCACGUGAUGAAGCUCAGCGGCGGGUUCUUCCUCUGGGUCGGUUCCAGUCCGGUUCUGUCCAACCUCGCGGUGUCGAUGGGCAGCAGAUACGAUUCGAUGCCAUUAUCUACAUUAGUCAUGGGGGACCCAUCCAAUACCGCUGCUAAUUCUAUGGCACAGAGAUUAGCAAAGAAGACCAAAAAGCAAGUGUUUGUGAGUUGCAGUCUUCCGAUGACGGACUCCAACCUCAGUCUUUCGGUGGAGCAGAGGAUCAAGAAGGAGGUGGAGCUUCACCCUGAACACUUUUGAUCACAUUCGAUUAUUUACUCCUGUUUUGUGUAGAGCUGAGGAUAAGAUGGGAAGAGGGGUAGAAGUAGCGUUUCUUCCAUUUGGAACUCCUGCAGACACUGUCGUGGUACAACAAGAAUCACCACAAACUGUCACAUCAAGUGUUCUUUUAUUGACACAAUAAAUUAAGUGGUUUAUUAUCAAAACAUGUAGGCCUAUGGCUUUUUGUACAAAUGCGUCAUAUUAAAAAAAUACCAUUAAGAAAACAGCA